GAGAACUUGAAGCCAGACCAAACCCAUACAAAACCCCAAGCGAAGCCGCCUCCUUUUCUCAUCGUCGCCUCUUUGCUCCUCAUCCAUGGCAUCAUCAAUCCAAGAAACAAAGAAGAAGAAACGCCACCAAAACCCUAAAAAAACCAAAACCUCAGAAACCCUAACCCUAAAGGAGGUCAAAACCCUAGGGAGCCAGCUCCUCUCCUCAAGAGCUCACAUCAACAACCUCCCAACCCUUCUCUCGGUUCUUUCCCCUUCUUCACCCCUCAAAUUCUCUCUCGAAGCCCUAAUAUCGCUCCAAUCCUUCUUCGUCCCCCUCGUAAAUGAAAUCCCUUCGAAAACCUUGGCGGAUCCGAGUAAAGAGAAGGAUCCGGAGUUGGUUUACAAAGCUUGGCUUCGCGCGAGAUUCGACGAGUUCGUGAACUCGUUGAUUGAGACUGCGGUUGAUUCUCGAUCUGAAGAGGCGCUUAAAGAUGUGGCAUUGGAUGCAAUUAUGGAUUUUGUGAAGCUGGGGAAAGAUGGGAAGUUUCAGUCUGCUAUCUACCAUCGGCUUCUUCACUCCAUUGUUCGUAAUACAUCCUCAGUUGAUUCUUUGAUUGAUUUGCUUGCAUCAAAGUAUUUCAAAUAUCUUGAUGUUCGUUAUUUCACCUAUACAAGUCUGUAUAAGGUUGCUAAUGAUUCUAACUCAAGACAUAUGGCCGACUGCCAAAAAGAGGACUCACAGACUAAAGGAGAGCUAUCUGAGUCUAGCAGAAUGGAGACUGCUGUUCGCAUAAUUUACUAUAUAUUAUCACACAUCCCGCCUAUGGAGUCGACCGAUAAAGAACCAACAUAUGAGAUGUGGAGCCAGUUGGGUAUCUCACCAAAAGAAGCAGAAAAGGCAUCUUCCGACCCCUUGUCUGGCAAUUCAAAGUCCCAAAAACCAAAGGGUAUGCACAGUGAAGCCUCCUCUGUUAACCGUAUAUUAAAGAAAAUUAAGUUAAAAUUCACCAAUGCGUGGUUAUCUUUUCUAAGGUUGCCACUUCCUCUUGAUAUAUACAAAGAGGUUCUGGCGACUCUUCAUCAGAAUGUACUCCCUUACAUGGCAAAUCCUGCAAUCUUGUGUGAUUUCCUAACAAUGUCGUAUGACAUCGGGGGUGUCAUCAGUGUCAUGGCACUUAGUGGCCUGUUUGUUCUUAUGACAAAACAUGGCCUUGAGUAUCCUAAGUUUUAUGAAAAGCUUUAUGCGUUACUAACACCGGCUGUUUUUAUGGCAAAACAUCGGGCAUUGUUUUUCCAACUGCUAGACACUUGUUUGAAAUCUUCACAUCUUCCAGCAUAUCUUGCUGCUGCAUUUGCGAAGAGGUUGAGUCGGAUGGCUCUUUCAGUGACACCAUCUGGGGAGCGUCUGAUCAUUGCUAUAAUCCACAAUCUACUGCGGCGGCAUCCCUCAAUUAAUUUUUUAGUUAAUAAGCAGGAUGAAGAGGCGGAUGGAGAGGCUUCUGAGGGUGGUGAUAAUUCUAGCCAAGAUGCUGGGAUCAUUCGUUCUGUUGUUCAAAGCAAGAAGCAUGGUAUUGAUCCCUUUAAAAGUGAAGAAAGUGACCCUUCUAAGUCAGAUGCCAUGCGAAGUUCCUUAUGGGAAAUUGAUACUCUACGACAUCAUUACUGCCCAGCGGUAUCCAGAUUUGUUGCUUCCUUAGAGAGUGAUCUGACGGUUAGGGCGAAAACCUCUGAGGUCACAGUUGCAGAUUACUGUUCUGGUUCCUAUGGCACAUUAUUCAAACAGGAGGUUGAACGAAGAGUGAAACAGGUUCCACUUGCAUUCUACAAAGCCACGCCAAACACUUUGUUUUGGGGUUCGGAGUUUCCAGGAUGGUCUUUUCAAGAUCCACGCGAUAACAAACAAGAAGGUCAAGAUGUUGAUAAAGGAGUGUCUAAAACACUUGGCAAGGAUCACACAGGAUCUGUGAAGAGGCAACGAGUAGAAUGUGUUUAAUUUAAGGUUUGAGUAACGGCAAGCAAAUGCUUUUCUUUGAAAGAUUUUGUCAGCAAAACUGAGUUCAUUGGUAAUUGAGGAUGUAAUAUGAUAAAAAUGAGAGAAAUUAGGUGAGAAGAUUCUUUUCAUUAUUAUAUAUUUGUCAUUUUGCUUGAAAAAUGUUCCGGUGUCAUAUUAGUUAUUGAUAUUACUCGGUCUGACAUGGAUGUUUGGCAGCGCAGAUA